UCAAAUAAUAGAAAGAUGGAGCAGGAGGAGUUGGCUGCUGUGUGUCUAAUUGCUGGGAUUAUGUUAAAGAGGAAGAGAGAGAGGGAAGAAAAGAAAAAAGAAAAGAGGAUGUGGAUUAAGCCAUGGCUUGAGAGAAGAAAUGAAUUGGGAGCAUGCGAGACACUAAUGAGAGAGCUAAGAUCGGAAGAUAGGAAGGGGUUUGAGAAUUAUAUAAGAAUGGAUUACAUGCUAUUUGACCAUUUGUUGGAACUUGUGGGACCUACUAUUAGCAAGAAGGAUACCAACUUGCGGGAAGCGAUCCCAGCACAUCACCGUUUAAGUGUAACAUUGCGGUUCCUGGCUACUGGAGAAUCUUACACAAGCUUGGCCUAUCAACAUAGGGUUUCGGAGCAGUCUCUCAGCAGGUUAAUUCCUGAAGUAUGCGAGGCAAUCUACAAUAGCCUAAAAGAUGAGUACAUGAAGGUAAACAACCACUUUCAAAAACCUUUCAAAUACAUGUCAAAAUAUCUACUAUCUUAAUACUGUAUGAUUUUUUUAAAAGUCAUGGUAUAGAGUGUAAUGUGUUUGCUUUUGUCUAUGUUUCACACAUCCCAUUUUGUUUUGUGUAACUGUAUGUCCUUUCUUCAAGUACAAGUAAAUAU